AGAUUUGUUGGACUUGGAAUAUUGGUUGCUUCGGUCAAGUCCCGAACUGAGACAAGACAGUGUUUGUGUCGACCCAAAAUCGAGAAGCUUGGUUGGUUUUGCAGUAAAAUCAUGAUCUUUGUUGAUGGGGUUCCUUUUCCUUCACCUUCAUCUAAUCAGGAAAGUGAUACUGAGACUCUAGCUGCUUUGAUGGAACACCCCACUCUGCUGUCUGCCUCCAAUUCGUUCAAGGCUACUCCAGAAAGGAAGUUCUCUGUUCCUGAAGAGUCAGUCACAGAGAGAUCAGCACAGAGUAAAUUGGUCUAUUUGUUCCAAAGAGAAUUCGCAACUGUGGAUCCUGCACUAGUGGAUUUUGUUGGCACUGACGAAGCAACAACCUGCAUAGGCCUUGCCAUUAGGAACCGGAAAAAUGGAAUGAUCUCAGUUGCUCAUGUAGAUUCUCCGGAAAUUGUGGAUAUGGGUCUCUCCCAGAUGCUUUCAGGAGUUGUUGAUUUUAAUUUGGAUGCUGACUUGGAUGUGCAUCUUCUUGGAAGUUUUGAAGAUUUCCCCCCUAGACAUUCUGAUUAUAGCACUAAUUCAGAAAAUCAUGAAAAUAUGGAUGGUUUUUCAUUGCCAUUAUGUACCAAAAUUGUUGAAACUUUGAGGAGUAGGCGGGAGAAAUUCCACAUUCAAACUCUCUGCAUUCUUGGGCAUAACACUAGAAGGGAUUCUAACAAUGUUGCAUACCCGAUUUUCAAUGGGUUGGUGGUAGAAACUUCUAGUGGUUCUGUCCUUCCAGCCAGUUUUAACAGAACUUCAAGAUGUCCCGAUGAAGUUGUCAGGAGAAUUCGAGUAACCGCAGCUUAUGAGGACAGUACCUGGAAUGGCAAGUUACUGGAAACAUAUGAUACUCAAACGGAUAGAUUCAUAAUUGCUCCUUGCUACUGGACCCGUCGUCAAGUUCAAAUUGCCAAUUCACUGAAAUAUCUAUCAGAUACAGAAAUCCUCCAUGUAUGUUCUACUUCACCUUCUGCUGAGGGCCCAGAUUUUGUAGAAAAUGAAAGAAGGAUAUGGGAUUACUUGAUAAAACAACCAGAUUGGAGAAAAACCUUCCCCGGAAAGCGGCCACGCAUUUUCGAGAGAACUGACACUGGAGGCUGGAAAAGGUGCUAAUUGUAACGCUUACAUUGUCAUUGAUACUAGAUUCAUCUAUGAAAAUGGACUUGCUUAUUAUAUCUUAGAGUUGAUUAUGGUGGUUAGAAUGCAGACUUUUCUCAUCUCUCUGUGAAACUAUAUUAUUCUAUCGUACAAGGCUGUGUAUUUGCAAUACUAUAUUUCUUGUAGGAAUAAUGUAAACACCAUAGAGAAAUUUUAGAGAUCAUAAAUUUGAUAAGUAAUAGAAUUACAAAUCAAAUAGGAGAAGUGUAUGGUUGGAAUCAUUUA